UUUAAAUCUGGAGAAGUGGAGCUUUACUGUUUGAGAGAAUUAAACCUGGAGUCGUGCUGCUUUAACGUUUAAGAGAACUAAACCUGGAGUCGUGCUGCUUUAACGUUUAAGAGAAUUAAACCUGGAGUCGUGCUGCUUUAACGUUUAAGAGAAUUAAACCUGGAGUCGUGCUGCUUUAAUGUUUGAAAAAAUGGAAGAGCGGACUGCUUUAACGUUUAAGAGAAUGUUAAUGAGCCUUGUUCUUUGUAAAUCAUUCAAUCAAUACUCGAUGAACAAAACACCUAAUUACUUACCCUUUUUAACGUAUAUAUUUAAACUAAAGUCGCUUCAAAUUUCAAAACUCUUAAUUCACGGCAUGUUAAUAGAACAAAUGCUAGGCUAUGAAGCAGAAGGAUUCACACGACCUGUUCUUGAAAUAAUACAUAAUCUAGACCUCAUUUUUAAAGUUUGUUGAUUAAGAUUUAAAUGAUAUGAACAUGUAUUAUUUUUGAGUAUGAUACAAUGACAAUUAUGUGAAAAUUAUUAAACAGAAUUAAAUAAUUUAAUUAGAAGAACAAAAAUAAAGGGAUAAAGGGAAUUAACCUGAAAUAGAUUAAAGGAUUUUUAAAAUAUAAAGUUCGGCAAGUGGCUAUUUAAAAUGCAGAAGUCACAUUUUUCAGACCUGGAUCGCUACUGGAACAUAACACAUUAUCGCAGACCAAGUAAAUUUGCGCCUCAUAAUAUUCCAUACAAAGGAGAAUCCUUACUUGCCAGGCAGUUCGAAUACUCAAAUUUUCCAUAUACGUACGCUUACGAUGUACCAAACGUAAUAACAUAUCCUAGGUCACUGUACGGUAGAGGUUUUGGGAUCCAGUCGGAAUACGGUUACCGGCAACCAUACGGACUCCGUUCGGAGUUGUUCGGCCACAGGUACCCGCCGUAUCUGACAGACGACGAGUACGACUAUUACCGAGAGCUGACAUAUCCUAGGUUUAGCAGAUACCAUAGCCCACGGCACUAUUAUUGAUUUCCGGUCAAAUUGACUUCCGGUUUUGUGAUGUUUUGGUAUAAAGUAUGUUCCUACUUCUAUAUAUGAGGCAGCUCAUCAACCUAUGUACAUAUGCAAUAAUUAAGAAGACUUAUCUACUAUGACUCACACAUCAUAAUGUUUGCACAAGGAGACCUACUGAGAACGAAAUCAUGAACGAUAUUCAUUUAAGACACACAUUAUUUAAAGUGCUACUUCCCCUAACUGGUAAAUAUUAAAUUGCAUCGACUCGUAUGAACUCCGAAGACGGCCUCACCUUCUUUAACAGUUAACAUAUUCAAUAUUUAUUGUUUUGUCACGUGAGGAUGUUUGUGUCUGUGACGUCAUUAAUUAUGAAAAUACCAAUAUGGCGGCAUUCAUACUUGAUAUUUAGGAUAUAUUGACCCUUUUUGUCAGUUCUAGCCUAUUAAAGCCUAUUAAAAAACAAUAAUACAUACAACAAUAACUGUGAUAUGACCUUCACUUAUGUGUUAAUCCUAACAUCCUCAGACUGAGUUAAAUAUACAGAAUGUAUAGCAUAUAUAAGAAUAUGCGAGGGAUAUCGUAAAGAAAUUUCUGACGUGCUUUAAAAGAAAUUGGUCUAUAAUUUGUUUGUUUGAAUUGGCUUUAAGUUACACCGACACAGUAUAGGUCAUAUGGCGACGUUCCAGCUGAAGACCUCAGGUGCCCUUCCGUGCUUUAUUUCAGGCACGAUCGGGCAACUGAGAAGAACUACCGACGUUCUGUAAGUUGACUGGAUAGCUUCCUCACAUGGCGCCAUAAAUAAUAAUUGUUUUCGUAUCAAGUGGCAUAAUACGAGGCAACAAAC